AUGGCUUCCUUUGCAACUAGCAACACCGCCCUCAUCCUGCUCGACAUACAAAAGGGCAUCAUGAUGGGCAAUUUCCCAGACAAGACACCGGCAUACAUUAGCCAAGCAUCCAAGCUGCUCGAAGCCGUGCGCUCCGCCAACAAGUCUAGCAACAAGCCACCCAUCACUAUUGUACAUGUGAAGGUUGCCUUCCGGGCCGGCAGACCAGAACUUAACCCAACGAGCAACAUGGGCGAGCGGCUCAAAAACGUACCCGCCAACGUCUUUGUCGAGGGUGAUCAGUCCGUCGCCCUCUUUGACGAGCUUACCAUUCCUCCCAAAGCAGACGGAGCCGACUCUGGCCAAGAUGAGGUCUUCGUUACCAAGCGUCGCGUCUCCGCCUUGUCUGGCACAGACCUAGCUACCAUUCUGCGCGGGCGCGGUGUGGGCCAUCUCGUGCUGUGUGGCGUGGCUACUGCAGGCGCUGUGUUAUCAACCGUCCGCGAGGCUGCGGAUCUGGAUUACAAGCUUACCGUCCUCAAGGAUCUGUGUUUGGACAAGGACGAAGAUGUACACAAGCUGCUGAUUGAGAAAGUGUUUCCCAUGCAAGCCGAGGUGCUGGAAACAGACGAUUGGGUUGCUCGAGGCUUUGCCUGA